AUGUCUCGACCCAGCUCCACGGCUCAGCCAAGGGCCCUCACCUUGACUGAAGAGCUGGAGAAGCUGGAACAGUCUAUUACCUUGACCCUCCAAGAAAUUGACCAUAAUUUUAGCCGCGCCCAUCGAAUAGUCACCUCGAGUAUUCUACCCAUUGUCGAACAGUAUGCCGCGCAUUCGAAGGAUGUGUGGGAAGGAUCUAGGUUCUGGAAACAAUUCUUCGAGUCUAGCGCCAAUGUCUCUCUGUCGGGCUAUGAGGAACCGUCUUCACAAUGUGAGGCCGCAGACGUCACGGGUACCGAUGAAUCUAGUGCCACGCAUACAACUCUAGAAACAUCCCAGUCUUAUGAGACACCCUCUGCCCAGCAUAUUUCCACAGAUUCUAUUCAAGACCUUGAUCUAUCCAACCUCACGGUCUCGCCCUCCCACAGCACACCGCGGCCCGCAGCGAAGCAGAAGGCUGAGCGAACAAAUUUUGCCGACUAUCCGUCCCCCUACGAAGCUCUACGGCAGGAGGUGAACAACACAACAGUAGAGGCGACCUCAAUGACCCUGGCAACGUUGCCGGAAACGCCUGGACGGCCUGUAUUCGCUGUGGACGCCUUUGCAGCUACGCCAGGGUCAUCCCCAUUUUUACCUCCGCAAGGCACAUCCAUCUCUCGCCCAUCCACAGUCCGCAAGAAGACGGACCCUCUUCUUCAUAGAGUGCUUGAUAAGAAUUACCGAGUGCAGGCUACGCCAUUGACUACAAAUCGGUAUGCGAGUGUCGAGUCCAGGACAAUCGCGACUCCAUCCACGGCGAAACGUACGUUUCUGCCUGCUCUUGAUCAAACCUUAUCAUCGAGCCCUGAAGUGGCCCCACCCGAGCUUGAUCCCGAGAUAUUCUCAUCACCUGAGCGCAAGGCGCGUAUACCAGGGAUUAGUGUCCUCACGCCAGCUCGUCAAAAGACCGAAACGAAAAAGGCACCUACACGCACGCCUGGUAUUUGGGAUAGCGAUGAGGAUGACCUGGAUGACGAUCUGCCAUUGGGAAGUCCGCCCAAGACAAUGCAAUUCCAUGUUCCACAGCAUCGGUUGCUUAGGACUCCAGCUAAAGAAGCUUCAAAACGCAUCGUGCAAGACAUCCUGACAACCGCUGGGAUGGACUUUGAUGAUGAGGAGAUAGAUUUCAGCAGGGAGCUAGAAACUCAGGAGUUUGAGGCCGAUGCCACAAGUCCAAGUGUUGUGCGAAGAGCUGUGAACCUUGAAGACGAGACUUUCUAG